AUGGAUUUAGAAAGCAGCAUUGAAUGCAUAACUUCUUCCAAUGGAAUUGAUGAGGAUGAUGAUGAGAUCCAUCCCCACCCUUCGUCUCAUUUCAAUAUCCAUCCCCAGUUUUCUUCCUCUGCUGCAAAAUCAAACAUCAAUACCCACUUCAUCAAUAACAACAACAAUAAUAAAGGGGGUGGCUUGAUCAUUCCUCCUUCCACCAGUGUCCAUGAGCUGCUUGAAUGUCCUGUUUGUACCAAUUCUAUGUACCCACCAAUCCAUCAGUGCCACAAUGGACACACCCUCUGUUCAACCUGUAAAGUGAGGGUACAUAAUCGAUGUCCAACAUGUAGACAGGAGCUGGGCGAUAUAAGAUGUUUAGCAUUAGAAAAAGUGGCAGAAUCACUUGAACUUCCCUGCAAAUAUUGCUCACUUGGAUGCCCUGAGAUCUUCCCUUAUUACAGUAAAUUGAAACACGAGAGCCUUUGUAAUUUCAGACCGUAUAACUGUCCAUAUGCUGGCUCAGAGUGCUCGGUUAUGGGCGAUAUUCCUUACCUUGUUGCGCAUCUAAGAGAUGAUCACAAGGUAGACAUGCACUCUGGGUGCACUUUUAAUCACCGCUACGUCAAAUCCAAUCCUCGAGAAGUAGAAAAUGCUACAUGGAUGUUAACGGUUUUCAACUGUUUCGGCCACUACUUCUGCCUGCACUUUGAAGCUUUCCAACUUGGGAUGGCGCCCGUGUACAUGGCAUUCCUACGGUUCAUGGGUGACGAGAUAGAAGCAAGGAACUUCAGCUACAGUUUGGAGGUAGGAGGAAAUGGUAGGAAACUCACUUGGGAAGGCACCCCUAGAAGCAUUAGGGAUAGUCACAAGAAAGUGAGAGACAGCCAUGAUGGCCUCAUUAUUCAGAGGAAUAUGGCACUUUUCUUUUCGGGUGGGGAUCGAAAGGAGCUCAAAUUGCGGGUCACGGGCCGUAUAUGGAAGGAACAACAGAGCCCGGAGUCGGGGGAAAUUUUUCCAACCCUUCGUCAAGAACUAAUCGUUCUGUGUACCAAUGACGUUUAG